AUGUCCUCCCGUGCGCUCCGCAAGCUGCAGAAGCAGCGCGAACAAGAGCUGCAGCUGGCACAAGUCGAACAAGAAAACGAUGACUCGAGCGAUGAAGAGCCAGUGGUCCGGCCGUCGAAGCCGAAGCUCAACGCCUUCGAUCUGUUGAACUCAGUCGACGAUGACGAAGACGAGCAGGAGUCCGAAAAUGAAGCUGAGAUUGAGGAACCUGAGCCGGUGACUCAACCUAAAGAGGUUCCUGCACCUGCACCUGCACCUAAGCCAGCAGCCCCGGGAAAGAAGAAUAAGAAGAACAAGAAAAAAAAGAAGGCUGGAGCUAAAUCGGGGGCCGGUGCUGCUACUUCCGAGACUACAGGACUGGAUGAUAUCGACAAAGCGCUGAAAGACUUGGCCGUCAACCCUAAACAUUCCGCACACACUGGUGGUCCAGGCGCCGCAGAAGACCGUGAUGCUGGAUUCCCGAAAACACCGGAAGCGCUUCUCGCCAUUGAUCCUAGAUGCCUGAAUGCGACGAACGAGAUGCGCAAAUUAUUUGGGAAUGUCGUUAGGGGUCAGAGUCUGGCUGGCGUGACGCAGCGGCGGAACGUUCUCAUGCAGGGCAGGGAUGAGUGGCCUCGAUCUCCCAGUGGUGGUCUUGGAAUGGAGCUAGUCGAAAAGCUCCAAAAUGGCUCUACUAUGUACAAGAUUGUGCACAAUUCAUCCUAUACAGACGUGCAGAGACAGUUCGAUAUGUGCGUGGAGUCGAUGGAUCCCCAAAGAAUGAUCCACCUCUUACAAUACAACCCCUACCACAUCUCUACCCUCCUACAGGUGUCUGAGAUAGCAAAGCAUCAGGGUGAUCAUGCAGUCUCGGCCGAUCUACUCGAGCGCGCACUGUUCAACAUCGGGCGUUCAGCCCAUUCGUCUUUCAGCAACCUCGUUAAGCAAGGCCAGGCAAAACUUGACUUUGUGCAUAUGGAGAACCGCGAGCUGUGGCUGGUUGGCUGGAGGUACAUUGCUAAUCUGGGGAUGAAGGGUACUUGGCGGACGGCGUAUGAGUGGGCGAAAUUACUACUGAGUCUCAAUGAGACUGACCCCUACUGCAUCCGGCUUCUUAUCGAUCACUUGGCCCUGCGAGGCCGAGAAUAUGCCCAUUUCGUGGAUCUCUGCACACAGACGCGUCUGAGCAAGGAGUGGGACACCCUUCCCAAUAUACAGUGUUCGCUCGCGCUGGCCUAUCUACGACUCAACAAACCGAAGGAAUGCCGCGAGCAGCUGCGGCGAGCCAUGUCGCGCUACCCGUGGGUAUUCUGUAAGAUGGCGCAAGAGCUCGACAUCCAGCCCAUGCCAAAGAGGAUCUGGGGCAAGAUGCCACCCACGGAUGCCCACGAACUUUUCACCGAACUCUACAUUAGCCGUGCCAAAGACCUCUGGAACACUCCUGAAGCGGUUUCUUUGAUCGUAGAAGUGGCCGACACGCUUCCCGACGAAGAAGAGCCCGUUGAGCCGCCGGAGAUAUCGCUGGACAUCGCACGCCAUGUUGUACUGUCCGAUAUCCCUCGGGUCACGACACAUCUUCCAAAUCGCUUCGUCGCUGGACGUCUCUCCGCAUCCGACCCCCUUCCUCCGUACGAGUCGGAAGCCUAUCGUCAGCAGUCCGACCCCACGCCAUCCUACUUGUCGCAGGUACCAGAUGUAGGGCGGCCACAAUGGCUGCGAGACCUGCUUGAUCAGCUGAACAACGGAGCUAUUCAUUUCCCUCGGUUCCAGCGUGAUGGAGAGGAAGUACACGAAGAUGACGUUCCAUCGGAGACCGAAGCUGAGGACAACCGUGCGCCGGCCCACCCCAGCGCCGAUCAGCAACCAGUCCUCGAACAGUGGCUGUUAAACGAUGGGAUGCACACGUUGGAAGCAUUCAUCCAGCAGUAUGGAGUUGACCGCGGAAACUGGGGCGAAGUACUCGACUAUUCCCCGCUGACGGAGUAUGUGGAUGGCUUGGAAUUGGUUCAGCCAGAGUCGGAGCGCGAGCGUUUGCUGCAUGGACCGAUUCGGGAGGCGAUGGGCGACAUGGUGGUUUCCAUGCUGGAAGACGAGCUCCAGCUGCUUCAGUAUGAUGAGGAAGAAGCUUGA